AUGCCUGAUAUCAGGAAUUUCUUUGGCGCCAAGCCAGGCCAGGGUGCGAAUACUUCUGCAAAGCCAGCAGCGGCAAAGGAGGAUCCCGCGGCCGCCCGCAAAAAACGAAGCAGAAAAGUCGUCGAUGACAGCGACGAUGAAGUUGUUGAACCGAAGUCGCCAAAACCAAAACCAACGAAGAAGCAACCCAAGAAGGAAGAGGAUUUAGGGGAGCCCACUACUACAUCAGAGUAUUUUGCAUCGAGUAAGAAGAGGGGGAAGCCCUCCAACGCAACAGAUGCCAAAGAACCUGCGGACUCGUCAGUCAAUGGAAAGAGUACGCCCAAAAAGCAACAAACCCCAACGAAGAAGAGCGAAACCGGACGACGCGCCAAACCUGCUGCGAAAGUGCUAGAAGAUGAUGAAGGCCUUGGAGGUGAUGAUAUUUUUGCAACUGAAUACGGGAAGCCCCGCCGGGGUGGUGACGACGACUAUGUCGAACAACACGAUGGAAGCGACUCCGACGAUCUCAUAGUGAAGCCUGCCACAGCCAAAAAGGGGAAGCUAGAGGUAGAAGAGGAAGAUGACGACGUCGAAAUGUUGACCACGCCUCCCGCCAAAGCAAGGGCUGGAAGAAAGCGAAAGUCAGAAGCUGUCCUUGACCCCGAUGAAGUUGACGAGAAACCAAAGAAAAAAGCUGCUGCACCUAAAAAAGCUAAGGCUACACCGAAAAAAGACCAGCCAGAAAACAAGGAGAUCCAAGAUAUUUUUGACAACAUCCCGAUGGUCAGACCGCCAACCCCUCCUCCAACCGCGCCGGGUGAAAAGCCUAAAUUUUAUUUGAAUGCUGGCCGAUCCCGUGAUCCUGCAGGCGCUGGGUCAGUGGAACUACCUGAAGGCGCAGAAAAUUGCCUUGCUGGUCUGGCCUUCGUAUUCACUGGUGUGCUGGAUACUCUAGGUCGUGAUGAAGGUCAAAACCUGGUCAAGAAAUAUGGGGGCAAGGUUACUGGGGCCCCCAGCUCGAAGACCAGCUAUGUCGUUCUGGGUAACGAUGCCGGGCCUAGCAAGCUUAAAAAGAUUCGAGAUAUGAAUAUCAAAACAAUCAACGAGGAGGGGCUCUUUGAGCUGAUCCGCCGUCUUCCCGCCAACGGUGGAAGCGGAAAAGCUGCGGAGCAGGCCCAGGCGAAGCGAGAAGCUGAGGAAAAGAAGAUCAAGGCAAUGGCCGAAGAGAUGGAGCAGCAAGAAAGGAAAAAAGCACAAGCACAACAACCUGCGGCUGUCAGCUCUCAAACUCCUUCGAGCUCAGCUAGCUCCAAGCCACAGUCAGAUAACCGCCUAUGGACUACCAAAUAUGCGCCAACGCAGAUGAGCAUGAUUUGCGGCAAUAAACUGCAGGUUGAAAGGCUUCAAACAUGGUUGCGUAAUUGGCGAACAAGUGCUAAAAGACAAUUCAAAAUGCCAGGAAAGGACGGCUCUGGUCUCUAUCGAGCUGUCAUGAUUCAUGGACCGCCUGGAAUAGGAAAGACUACUGCUGCUCACCUCAUCGCCAACUUGGAGGGGUAUGAUGUUGUGGAAACCAAUGCCAGUGACACCAGGAGCAAAAAGCUCGUUGAAGGCGGGCUUUUGGGUGUCUUGGACACCACCUCUCUCCAAGGCUACUUCUCUGGCGAUGGAAAGAAUGUCGAAAGUCAGAAACGAAACCUGGUCUUGAUCAUGGAUGAAGUAGACGGUAUGUCUGCUGGAGAUCGGGGCGGUGUUGGUGCUUUGGCAGCAGCAGCCAAGAAGACAAAUAUUCCCUUGAUUCUGAUCUGCAAUGAGAGAAGCCUGCCCAAGAUGAAGCCUUUCGACCACGUCACUUUUGAGUUGCCUUUCCGGCGGCCAACAGCAGACAUGAUUAGAGCCCGACUUUCUACAAUCUGCUUCCGUGAAGGGAUGAAAAUUCCGCCUCACGUCCUGGAUAGUUUGAUUGCAGGCACAGGUUCGGAUAUCCGACAGGUCAUUAAUAUGCUUUCCACGGUGAAACUAGACCAGAAAACUCUUGAUUACGACCAAGGCAAGGAAUUGUCCAAAUCCUGGGAGAAAAACGUCAUCUUGAAGCCUUGGGACAUUGUGUCCAAGAUUCUCAAUGCUCAGAUGUUCUCUCCAAGCUCUAAAUCUACAUUGAAUGAAAAGAUUGAGCUAUACUUUAACGACCACGAGUUUAGUUACCUGAUGCUUCAAGAGAACUAUCUGAGGACGAAUCCAAUGCUCGCCGGAAAUUAUUCUGGGAAGGAACGCCAACUGAAGCUUCUCGAACUUGCUGACAACGCGGCAUCAAGUAUUAGUGACGGUGAUCUAGUCGAUAAAAUGAUCCAUGGCAGCCAACAGCAAUGGAGCCUGAUGCCAACCCACGCCGCCUUUAGUUUCGUUCGGCCCGCAAGUUACAUGUUCGGAAAUCUCGGAGGACGGCCAAACUUUACCAGCUGGUUGGGUAAUAACAGCAAACAAGGCAAGCUGAACCGAUUUGUCAAGGAUAUUCAAGGGCACAUGAGGCUGCGUUCGACUGGUGACCGGGAAGAGAUCAGACAGCAAUACAUGCCAGUAUUGUGGAACAAGCUUGUUCGUCCCUUGAUGGAGGUGGGCAAAGACUCGGUCGAGGAGGUCAUAGACUUGAUGGACAGCUAUUUUCUUACUCGCGAAGACUGGGAUUCGCUGGUUGAGCUGGGCCUGGGCCCCAUGGGAGAUGAGAACGUUAAAAUCGAAACACAGACCAAGUCGGCAUUCACUCGGAUCUACAACCAACGCUCGCAUCCUUUGCCAUAUAUGAAGACCAGCAACGCACUUGCACUCAAGAAGGACCCCAAGGAGAAGCCUGAUAUUGAAGACACCAUUGAGAAGUCGGACGAGGAAGAUACCGCCGAGGGCGCCAAAGAAGUUGACGAAAGCGAAGAGCUGGACCUGAAGAAAGACAAAUAUGUCAAGGUGCCUAAAGCGAAAGCCAAAGCCAAAGCAGGCGCAAGUAAAGGCAAAAAGGCUAAUGGGAAAGGGAAGAAAAAGGAGGAUGAUUUCCUUGAUGACGACGAGGAAGACGAGCAGCCCAAGAAGGGUCGCAAGGGCAAGGCCAAAGCUAAGUGA